CAAUCAGGAGGAAGACCUCCACUGUUUGAUCAUGGCAGAUACCGAGGAGAAGGUUAAUAAGGCCAAGAAACUGAUUCACAACGUCAUCGAGACGGUGAGUUCACCCUUCCCCUUACCCGCAAAGCGUCCCUUUACGGAGAAAAUACCCUAACGAUGUUGCAGGCUGCUUCGAUCCCCGAGGGCCAGAAUGAGCUCAAGCGAAACCAACUCCGCGAACUUGCCACCCUGAACGGCACUUUACGCGAUGACGAGAACCAGGCCUGCCAGAACUGCGGUCAAAUCGGCCAUCGCAAAUAUGACUGCCCGGAGAAACAGAAUUUCACCGCCAACAUUAUCUGCCGUGUCUGCGGAAACGCUGGUCACAUGGCCCGGGAUUGUCCUGACAGACAGAAAGGUGCCAGCUGGCGCAACGACGGGCCCCCUCGUGCCGCUGGUCGCAUUGGUGGCGGCGAUGCCGUCGAUCGCGAAUAUGAGGUACGUUGGCUACGGCUGACGCAUGAUAUGCGAACUAGAACGUCGGCUAACCCAUCAUUCCAGCAAUUCAUGCAAGAACUCGGUGGAGGCUCCAGCGGCCCCCCCGCCCGUAUCGAGGCAGGUCCCAGCUCCUAUAACAACGGCGGCGGUGACCUGAAGCCUUGGCAGCGGGGCCCUACCGGUGCUGCCGCUCCGUGGCGCUCACGUAACAAUGACCAGAACAGCGAAGGAGGCUCUGCCGCUCCGUGGCGUGACCGCAAUCGUGGCAACGACAACCACGGGGGCGAUUACUAUGGCGGCCAGGGCCAAGGCCACAACUCUGGCUCUGCUGCCCCUGGAGCAGCGCCUUGGCAUCAAUCUUCCUCUUCUGGCGGACAGCCGUCGUACCCGAACUACCCCGGUUACUCGGGCUACGGUUCCGCCCCGGGAAUGGGACCCCCGCCUGGACUCCCCCCUCCGCCCGGUGGCUCUCUCGGUGCUCCUCCCGGGCUGCCGCCUGGAAACAUUAACGCGUUGAUUCAACAGUAUGCCGGCGGCGCCGCGCCUCCGCCGCCUCCUGCCGGCGAGGCCCCACCGCCGCCGCCCAGUGAUCAACCUCCGCCUCCUCCGCCUGGUGCCUAAACGCGGGGGCACGCAGACGGACCGGACCCCGUGGAUACUAACCCCUCGAUCGAGCUAUCGGGUGCUCGGGUCGAGCUGCCCCGUGCUGCUAACGAACUUGCUAU